UAUUGAUUGAACUGUCGCAUGACGAGAAGUUAUUCAUCCGAGUGCCAUAGUGUAUAUACCUAUGACAAUAUUUGUCAAGUUACAGGUAGUAAAGUAUGUCAUCCAACAUUCUUUGUGGACCCUGUAGCUAUGUCAACACAAAUAAAAAUGCACAGAAAUGGUGUACCAAUUGCGAGGAAGGUUUUUGUGCUGACUGUGAACAGGUUCACAGAUCCAUGAAGGUUACAGGAGACCACACACUGAUGUCAACCGACGACUAUCGUAAAAUUGAAAAUGUUCCCGUCAACUUGAAAUGUGAUACCCAUGGCAAGAAGUUUGAUCUAUAUGCAAAACACACGAUGUAGCCAUUUGCGUAGCCUGCUUUCCAUUACUACACAAACAUUGUUCUGAUGUCAUUUCCAUCGACGAUGUAGCAAAAAAUUCAAAGAGAUCGACAGCGCUGGAUGAUUUGGUGGAUUCAAUCAAAGUCGCAUUAGAAAACAUGAAACAUUUCAUCAACAAUCGCAACGUUGCUAUGAAAAAUCUUGAAAUAGAAGAACAAAGCGUCAGGAAAUCAAUCAGUGAAAUUCGAGCAAACGUUAACAAACAUUUGGAUGAACUUGAAAACAAAAUGUUAAAUGUGUUGUCCCAACGGUACGAAAACUGUAAAUCAAAAUAUGGAAAAGUACAGAAGUAUCUGAAUAAAAUAGAAAAAGAAAUCAAGUUACUACAAGAACAAACAUCACAACUGAAACGUGUCGGAUCCGACUUACAAGUUUUCCUUGGAACUCGUCAGAUCAACAAAUUAAUCCAUAACGAGGUACAAAGCGUCAAAUCAAUGACGAGCUCAUUACAAGAUUACAAGAUUGGGGUUGAGAUUCAUCAAGAAAUCAUUUCAUUACUAGAGAAUGUCGAUACUUUCGGAAAGGUUAAAGUUGAAGAAAACACUAUCAGUUUACCAUUCAAAGAUCCAAAGGUCGAUCAAGCUCAAAUAGUACAUAAACCUUCCGGUCAAUCUUUUGAUCGAACUAGGCUACAAUUGCGACAAAAGUUCAAAAUAAAAAGGAAAACGGCUGAAGUAAAAGUCACUGGAUGCGCAAUUUUACCAAACAGUCAUAUAUUGAUAGCCAAUUACAGUGAAGACAAAGUAUUAAUUGAGUAUGGUGAAGCAGGAAGACAUAUUCGUGACAUACCAGUUUCUGGCCAACCGUUUGAUUUGGCGGUUAUAGACAGUGAUCGCAUGGCAGUUUCAUAUGGUGGAAAUAGUAUUAUGGAAAUAUUGAACAUUAAUGACAAAAUGGUUCACGCGAAAGUAACUUUCGAUUGGAGUUGUUGGGGAAUUUCAUACCAGAACGAAAACAUUUAUAUAUUAAUAACUAAUGAAGGUAUAGUAGAGAUGGAUAUGUCAGCGAAACGAUUACGUACGAUAGGUGGGCAAUAUAGUGAUGAAUGUGGUAUUUUUUAUAUAAGUGUAAUGAAAGACAGAAUCUGUUAUAGCAGUUGGUUAACAAACGUGCUAUAUUGCUGUAGUAUGACAGGUGACGAUAUCUGGACAUUCACUGACCAAUCUCUUGUCGCUCCUUGUGGAAUAUCAGUUGACGACGAUCAGAACGUGUUUGUUGUGGGAAAGGAUUCUAACAACCUGACGAUGAUACAGCAUGAUGGGAAAGUCAGUAAGACGUUACUUACUGAAUUCGACGGACUGAACACACCAAAUGCCAUAGUGUACAACAGUGCUAAGAAAUUACUGUUGAUUUUUAAACAAAAUGGAGAUGCCUUUCUAUAUAGUGUCAUAUAGAUACAAGCAGAAUAACUAUAUACGGACGGAAAAUAUACCCUUUAAUGAUUGUAUCUGGUUCAUAAUAAAAUAUAUAUUGACUUAUAUUGGAUUUAUGGAAUGCCCGUUGCAAUCUUUUAACAUUUUAAAGUAAUAAUAUGACGAAACUAGUUUAUGCUCGAUAGGAUUUAACCAAAUGUAAGAUAUGUAGAAUGUAAAAAUCUAAAAAAAAAAUCCAAAUACAAUUAUAUGUAUUAGA